UACACCAAACAAUCACAACUUUCAAAAGAUAUCUUACUUUAUUUAUGUCUUUUUUCCCAAAACGAUUCACAUCUUCGACGCCACGAUCAAAAAAUGGAAUCAUAUACAUCCACAUUCAUCAUACCGUCUUACUGUGGCUUCAUUCAAACAAUCGACAGGUGAUUAACUACACCAACAAAGGCUGAAGAGAAGCGUUCCAAGAAUGACAAGUUCGAUUUAAGUUCUCGUUACCGCUAUCUUUGAAACCUAACAAAUAUGUAAUUUUUCUUACUGUCAUUUAUCGUCGUUUUUAUUUGCUCAAUGAUUCAUAAUUGCAAGGCGCAGAUAUGAUGAGGCUGUGCUGUAAGGUUAUCUGCAGCUAAAAGAUGGAUGGCUGACUGCUCAUUGAAGUGGGUAUGCCCUGACACAAAAACACAACCGGUUCGAAGAUCAUCAACUUUGCAUCAUUCUCAUAAUUCUUCGGACCUUCCACGCAUUGAAAGGCUUCGAUUUCCUUCCAGAUCCUUUCUUUUGUGUUGAAGACGCAUAAAAGAACGCGGUAUCGCUGCUACAAAAAUGGCAACUCAACAUAUCAUAGCUUCAGCUGCUCAAAACACACAUCUCCUCUCCAUACUUUCACAAACAGAUCAUGCACCCUCCGAUUAUGCCCAAAUAACCCAAUAUCAAUUAUCUGUUGAGAGAAUUGUCCUGGAACAAGAGAAACGGGUCAAAACUUUGGUGGCAGCAAGUGCAAAAGAACAUCAGGACCAUGAAGAAUAUAAAGACUCCACUGUCAAACGUUUAGCCUAUAAAUUAAGUGGCAGAAAACAAAAGUUUAUUGAAAAGGAAGAGAAAGAACAUCGAGAAUGGUUAAACGCAAUUCAAAAUGAAUUGGAAGCCAAACGUCACUUGAGUCAUUUAAAAGACACGCUACAGGAAGCUAAAUCGAAAGCUUCGUCGUUGAAGCCCCUGGUUGAAAAACAUAACGCUGCACAAGCUGAGCUCGAUACUCUUUAUAAUUCCAUAUUUUCAGGGCCGUCACCCGAUUUUCCAACUGAAGAUACGAUGGAGCAUCUUCUUUCUCUCGCCAAAGAUUCAUUCGAUGAGGGACAGCUACAACUUAGUAUUGAGUCCAAUGUCUUAUCAAUCUUGCAAAAUGCUUCAACGAUCAUGCGUCAAUGUGUUGCCGCUCUGGAUAAUGCUCUUCAGUCCUCGAAUAUGGAUGCAUGGGGUGUAGGUGGAGGAUUUGCUGACAUGACGGAACGAUCUUCACUUGCACAAGCUCAAUCUUUCUCUUCUCAAGUAGAGAUGUUAAUUUCCCAAGCGCGACAAAUCCAACCAGCAGUACAACCUUUGGGCCCGAUGAACAUUGCACAAGGGAGCCUAAUGUCUGAUGUUAUCUUUGAUAAUAUCCUCUCUGAUCUCAAAUUCGAUGAAAAGAUUGAGGAGUUAAAACGGCAGUUGGUAGCAGCACGAUCUCGAUUGAUUCAAGAAACGAAACAUAGUAACGAGCGUUUGAUGAGUUUUCGUGUGGAAGUUGGGGAGAGGAAGAAAGUUUUAGAGACGAAACGAAAAGAAAUGCAAGAUGAAAGAGCAGCGGUGUUUGAGAGAGUGGUUGCUCAUGACGGCAUUGCGUAUAAUUCUCAGGAACCGCGGAGUACUGUUCAAGUAGAACACGAUCAAUCAGGUUGGCAGUCCCCAGCACCGCAAUGGGAUAGUCAGCAACAUAUACAUUAUUCGUUGUUUGGAGGAGGCUAUAAGGAACAGUCUAAUCAAUUUGAACCAUACCAUAUCCCACCGGCAGGAACUUAUGACUCUCUGCCUGUCGAUUCAAAUUAUUCUCAGCAGGAUCUAUCGAUGCCCGCUCCUUCAUGGUACACAUCAUGAUAGAUGUGGGCAUUGUUUGACACCAGAAAUACUUUCGUAGUUGGUGAUUACUAGUUUAGGCGUUUGGAAUUUUGUGGGCAUAUACCAGGAUUUACCGGACAUGCAUAUGGUUAGGCGCGGCGAAACAAAGAAUAAUAUUUCUAAAGCCUUUUAUUAAUUUCUCUUACUUAUUAUCCAUUAUUAAAACCU